AUGGCCAUAGUGAUCCCGUGCAUUCUACUUUCCUUGCUGGCCAAGCUGGGAAUGGUCAUAGUGAUCCCACGCAUUUCAGUUUCCGAGGAUAAUAACCAUCAGAUCAUGGCUCUCAGAUCUGACGGUUCAAAAGCUGAACCGGUUAAUAACCAGUGCAUAACUGCAGCGGCACCCCCCUCAAUCCUUGGGUGGCUGCAGGCUGCUUCAGCUUUGGCGGUGAAAUCAGUCGGCAUUCCUACAAGUUCCUCCAUUCAAUCUGAUCAAUUGGCUGGGCAAUGGUUUGUUGAGAUUCAUAUAAAGCUCAUUGAUAUUUGUGAAGUAGAAACUAGUUGGAGAUUACGGAUGUUGAAGCUAAUAACUGCCAUAAAAUGUUGCCAAAUUUUUAUUGGCAACUGUUUGAACCCAAUUCCACAAGUUGAGGAUGACCAACCGUUUUCUCUUCCAUCUAUAAAUUCAAAAAUUCUGUCUGAACCAUCUUUUCCUGAUUCUUGUAAACCAAAUCUUGGAAGGAAAAAUCUCUUGAAGGGGCGGUUUUCCGGCUCAUUGGAAAACCGCUCUUUCAUGAUAUUGAGUUCUUCGAAAGAAGAGAAAGAAGCCAUGAAUCCUCAAUGGAUGAAGGGCAAGGUUGUGGGUGAAGGAUCAUUUGGAACCAUCAACCUAGCCAUGAACAAGACCACCGGAGCACUCUUUGUAGUCAAAUAUGCAAACUCUGGAAAAGCACUCGAAGCUCUCAAAAACGAGGCUGGUAUACUCGAAACCCUGAACUCUCCUUACAUUGUCAAGUGUUUAGGGAAGGAUUUGGUGAUGAAUGAAUCAAAUGGGAGGGUACAAAAGCUUGAUCUAUUCAUGGAGUACAUGGCAGGAGGAAGUUUAUCAGAAGUUGCGGAGAAAUUUGGAGGGGCAUUACAUGAACAAGUUGUAAGGUCUUACACCAGAGAGAUUUUAGAAGGUCUCAAGUACGUCCAUGAGAAUGGGAUUGUUCACUGUGACCUAAAGUGCAAGAAUGUCCUCUUGGGGUCAUCAGGAAACAUAAAAUUGGCUGAUUUUGGAUGUGCAAAGAGGAUGAAGAAGGACAUGAAAGAAAAUCUCCUUUCAUCCAUUGGAGGAACACCAUUGUGGAUGGCCCCAGAAGUCCUGAGAAAUGAAGGUUUGAAUUUCUCAUCUGAUAUUUGGUCUCUGGGAUGUACAGUCAUUGAGAUGGCAACAGGUAGGCCUCCAUGGGUAAUUGGUCAUAAUAACAAUCAUGAUAUAAAUCCAAUGGCUGCAAUCUUGAAGAUUUCUUGUGGCAGUGAGAAGCCUCAGUUUCCAUCAAGUUUUUCCAAGGAAGGUGUUGAUUUUCUAGAAAAGUGUUUGGAGAGAGACCCCAAUAAAAGGUGGAUGGCCCGGGAAUUGCUUACGCAUCCUUUCAUUACUUCAAGGAGGGAAUUGGAUAUGAAAGAAGCCUCUUCACCAGCUAGUACUUUGCAUUUUGAGGAGGCUUAUGAUUCAUCUGAUGAUGACAUGGAAUUUUUUGAUGAUCAUAGAAUCAUUUUCACUACCAGAGAAUGUGAAUGUGAUGAAAAAAAACAGCAGGAGGAAGAGAUGAGUGAGUUUGGGUCAUCUGAUGAUUGGCUUACUGUUAGAUGA